GAGCGAAGAACCGACUAGAAUGCUCGCGCUUUUUAACUUGCGCGCACUAACUCACGGAGGCUACCAGAGCAACCAACAGACAACAUUUGAUCUGUGGGAAAUAUUACAAGAAUGUAAUGUUCCAGAAAAGCGGAAACAAAACGGGAAACUCUCGGUGAAAGUGAGAAUUUGGGAUAUGAAGUUUCAAGCCGCAAUUUAUAGCCUAAGUAUCCUGAAUGGAAGGCUCAUUACCAUUUCGGUUGGAGCGACGGUUCAGGAAAUGAACACAUUUUUGGAGGAAACCCUAUUGAUAUCAUCAUAAUUCUUUCUACCGAAAUUGAUCACAAUAAACACUUGAGAUGGAGAAUCGGAUUUUGUUUACUUGUAUACUGGUUGGAAUGUUCCUGCGAAAAUCCUGUGGUCAAAACUCAGCAACUGAAGAAGUGUUGAACUGCUGUGAGGGCGACAUCCUCUUCCUAUUGGACUCCUCAGGCAGCGUCUCAUCCUAUGAGUACUCCCGCAUGCUGGGCUUCCUGUCCGAGCUCCUCCUCCCCUUCUCAUUGGGCGAGGACCAGGUGAGGGUGGGGCUACUGCAGGUGGGCACCCAACCCCGCCUCGAGUUUGGCUUUGACGCCCACAAUACCCAAUCUGGCCUCCAGGAGGCACUGGGGAACACCAAGGCUCUGAGGGGCGACACCAAUACAGAGGAGGCCCUCAGGAUGGCCAAGGACUGGGUGCUGAAGCCUGGAGGGGCCAGGGGGGCCAGGGCAGAGCUACCCAGGGUUCUAGUGUGGCUGACGGACGGGGUGAAGCCGGGUGAUGUGAUUGGACCAAUGGAGGAGUUGAGAGAGGAGGGUGUAGCCGUUCUGGUGAUCUCCACGGGCCACGGGAACUACCAGGUGCUGCGGCAGGUGGUCACCCCACCUGUGGAGUCACACCUGUACUUUGUGGACAUCGACGAUAUGAGUAUCAUCACCGAGGACCUGAGGGAUGCCAUUAUUGAGAUCCUCUGGGCUGAACGGCUCCAGGUGCGAGAUGUGUCCACAGACAGCGCUGUGCUGCAGUGGCGACCGGUUCUGGCCGGAUUGAACGGUUAUUAUGACAUCCGGUUUGGACCGGCUCCCAGUGGGGGAGUGGUUGGAGGAGGAGCAGGGGGGCCUGGUACCAGCCCCAGUACCAGCGGUGGCCAGUACCAGAGACUCACCCGGCCAGGGGACUCUAGCACGGCCAGGCUGACGGGACUAAAGCCAGACACCACCUACACAGCCACACUGACUCCUGAGUCCAACCUGCAGGUGCUCAACCCCCUCUCCGUCACCUUCACCACUAAGCCAGAGGUGUUGAGCCCAGCCGUGGUGACGGUGUCGGACUCAGAGGCCAAUAGUGUGAGGGUGAGCUGGGGUCCUCUGCAGCCAGAGUCUGUCCAGAGCUUCCAGGUGGAGUACUCAGCGCUCCCGGGGGGGAAGCUCCACAUGACUACUGUGGGCCGGGGGCAGAACUCCACCAUGCUGACCAACCUCCAGCCAGACACCCAGUACUUGGUCACCGUGAGCGCCCGUCACUCCUAUGGCCAGGAGAGGGCCAUGUCUGUCAAAGUGUGCACUGAGGAGGUGAGGCCGGAUCUUGCAGACCUGCGGCUGACCACGGUGGGCAGUGACUCUGUGCAGGUGGACUGGAAAGCCAGCAUGGACGGCCUCAGGGGCUACUGGCUCACCUGGGAGGGACAGGACGGCCACGGCUCUACCACCGCCCAGCGCUCCUCCUUCUACCUGCCCCCCAACUUACUGUCCACACGUCUGACACACCUGCCCCCCGCCACCAGAGUGUGUGUGUGGCCUGUAUACCGGACGACACGCGGGAAGGGCCUCUGCUGCACGGCCCAGUUUCAUUCAGGUUCUCCUUUCCCUUCCUCCUCACUUCCUCAGUUUCACAAGGGACAGGACUGCCCCCACUCCUACAUCAGACGCAUUGGCCUCUACCACGAACUGACGGGAAGGUUGAACCAGGAUGGGAACAGUGGUGAAGCGAUGUUUUAGGCCCGCUCAGCAGCAGAGGACCAUGUGAACAAAACCUUGGGAGAGGGGAGUGCUGACAAGGGGGAAGCCAGGGUGCUGUAACCCCGGAUAAAGCGGCGAUAGAAGUUGGCAAACCCCAGGAAUCGUUGCAGCUGCACCCUGGACGAAGGCUGGGGCCAGUCCACCACCACUCUCCCCUCCCUGUGAUCCAUCUGGACACUCCCAGCAGAGAUGAUGCACCCCUGAAAGGGGAUGGUGGAGUGAUGGAACUCGCACUUCUCUGCCUUAACAAACAGCUGGUUCUCCAGGAGUUGUUGAAGAACCUGUCGGACUAGGAUCACAUGUUCUUGGGGGGAGCGGGAGAAGACGAGGAUGUCAUCAAUGUAGACAAAGAUGAACCAGUUCAACAUGUCGCGGAGAACAUAAUUUACAAGCCUGGACCACUGAUGUCAUAUAUGCACCCUUAUUGUGACACAGUACACAGUAAAGGGGAGGAGUCAGUCAACAUCCUGAACAUUGAUACCGCUCCAAUCUACAUUAUCUAUGAUUGCAGUUGGAACGAGUCUUGUGGAGGAGGAGUGGGUUGAGGAGGACAGAGAGUGUUUGCUGUGGAGAAUACCAUCAGACAUUGUCACAGAUGUAGCCUCAGGACCAAAAAGUGCAUCAGCAGGCAUUGGAAGGAAAGAAGACGGUCUAUAUAACAAACACAUUCCAGUGUAUACCUUCCCAGGUGUAUUAGAGAUUGGCAUUAGAAACUAAAACGAUGUGUUCUGGUUUACAAGCUAGGAAUGUAUUUUCUUGUGUAUUUGUUUAUCCAUUGACAUCUUGUACAUAAAGUAGCUAUCUGCUUUGUUUAAAGUGUAAA